UGCAAUCGCGGGAGAGGAAGUGAAAGAGAGAUUGAUUUGACUAUGAGCAUGCAGUGAGUGUGAUCAAUAACUCUACCCAUUGCUUCAAAUUCAAUAUGCUUUUUGGUUUCGUUUCGUCUCGGCUUGUCUUUCACUUUCUCAACCACCCAACACAACACAAAUUCCCUUUCUUCUUCUUCUUCUUCUUCUAAAUAGAUAGAAGGAAUUUAGAUUAAUUAAAACAACCUUUCAUUCAUUCUGUUGUGUUGGGAAAUAUGAUGUUCGACUUUGCCAGGAUUUGGACCCGAAACACGUUAAUAGGUCUCGGCUUGGGUCAGUUUCUUUCUCUUCUCAUCACUUCCACCGGCUUCACUUCCUCUGAAUUGGCUAAAAAAGGAAUUAAUGCUCCAACUUCACAGUCGUUUCUGAAUUAUGUGUUCUUGACGCUUGUCUAUGGAACUGUUCUCCUAUAUCGAAGGAAAGCACUCAAGGCAAAAUGGUACUAUUAUAUAAUUCUCGGAUUGGUUGAUGUAGAAGCAAAUUUUCUUGUUGUGAAGGCAUACCAAUACACCUCACUCACCAGUGUGAUGCUGCUUGACUGCUGGUCAAUUCCGUCCGUCAUGCUUCUUACAUGGCUUUUCUUGAAAACAAAAUAUAGAUUCAAAAAGAUUACUGGUGUAGUUGUUUGCGUUGCUGGCCUUGUCUUGGUUGUGUUUUCUGAUGUUCAUUCAGGUGACCGUGCAGGUGGAAGCAAUCCUCGUAAAGGGGACCUUCUUGUUAUUGCCGGUGCUACCUUGUAUGCAAUCAGUAAUGUCAGUGAGGAGUUUCUUGUGAAAAGUGCUGAUAGAGUUGAGCUUAUGGCAAUGUUAGGUCUCUCUGGUGGCAUUAUCAGUGCCAUUCAAAUAAGCAUACUUGAGCGCAAUGAACUUAAAUCUAUUCAUUGGUCGGCUGAGGCAGCGCUUCCUUUUGUUGGAUUUGCAGUGGCCAUGUUUAUGUUUUACUCUUUAGUCCCUGUUCUGCUUAAGAUCAAUGGUUCUACAAUGCUAAAUUUGUCUCUGUUGACCUCAGACAUGUGGGCUGUCUUAAUUCGUAUUUUUGCGUACCAUGAGAAGGUUGAUUGGAUGUACUUUGUGUCAUUUGGUGCCGUUACCAUUGGGCUCAUAAUCUAUUCAGGAGGGGACAGAGAUGAUGAUCAACACCCUCCAAACGCUGCUAUCGAUGAUCAUCGCCCUGCAGUCAAACAAGAUGAAGAAGCCAAUUCAGGAAAUCAUAGCAAAGGAGCUGCGGCUGGAAGCUCAAAAACAUGGGUAGCUUAGUAUAGACCUACAGAUUCAUACACAGAAAAACCAUGAGGAAAAGUAUCCUCAAGAGAAUGGAGAUUAGUCUAAAUUUAUUAUGUAUUGGCAGCUCCUGCAAGAUUGCAUUCCAAGAAGAUAAUGUUCCUUCAGAUGCUGCUCUUGUUCACAUGUCUUGUAAUUUAAAGGAUCCUCUAAAGUUUCGUUUGAUGGAAUUUUGAGAAAACUCUUCAUCAUCUGGAGAUCAAUAGCCAACUUUUUAGUCAGUAUGUUGUUAAUUAUCUGAUAUUUUAAAGUAAGAAAUUAAUUUAAAGAAAUAGAAACUUUUGGAGUCAAA